GUUAAUUGCUGAUGUUAAUUGCUGUUGUUAAUUGCUGAUGUUAAUCGGUAUCCCUGCUAUGUCUGCUCUGUCUGCUGCCGAUCUUGUCGCCGGUGUAUAUGUCCCCUCCCCCAAUCGCUGGCUGUCUUCCCUUUGCUGCACCGCAUCGGGGUCGGGCGGAAGCCAUGGUCGCACCGCGGAUCGGCUCGGCUGCAGUUCUCCUUCCGAUCCAGCGCUGCUCCGUCGCCGUCGCCGUCGCCGUCGUCGUCCUGGGCCUGCUGCACUCCUCCUCCUCUCCCAGAACCCUCUCCUCAGAUGGGUCGCUGCCUGCCCCGGCCUGCCUCGAUCCGCUGUCUGUGCCGUGCUGUCUCUGGGCCAACCCCCAUUCUGUCCACCCUGGCCUUCGUCUGCUGCAUCGCCAACUGCCGGCACCGCUUGAUCGGGCCCGUCCGCCUGCCUGCUUGCCUGCCUGCUUGCCUGCCUGCUUGCCUGCCUGCUCUUCUUUAGCCCUCCAUCCGCAUCGUCGC